GCGGAUUGUCCCUCUCUCAGAAACCCCGUAGUCGGCAGUAGGCGGAAGCUUCAACAAACAGAUCCAAAAUGGCAGGAGCUGAUGGAGACGAUUCGCUUUACCCAAUAGCCGUUUUAAUCGACGAGCUUCGAAAUGAAGACGUCCAGUUACGGCUGAACAGCAUUAAGAAGCUGUCCACCAUCGCGUUGGCGUUAGGAGUGGAGCGGACCCGCACGGAGCUGCUUCCCUUCCUCACUGACACCAUCUACGAUGAAGAUGAGGUCCUGCUGGCCUUGGCUGAGCAGCUGGGCAACUUCACCAUGCUGGUGGGCGGCCCAGAGUAUGUCCACUGCCUCCUGCCCCCCCUGGAGAGCCUGGCCACGGUGGAGGAGACGGUGGUGCGCGACAAGGCCGUGGAGUCCCUGCGUAAGAUCUCCCAGGAGCACUCCCCCGUGGACCUGGAGGUGCACUUUGAGCCUCUGGUGAAGAGGCUGGCCAGCGGAGACUGGUUCACCUCCCGCACCUCCGCCUGCGGUCUCUUCAGCGUCUGCUACCCCCGCGUCUCCAGCACCGUCAAGGCUGAGAUCAGGCAACAUUUCCGCACCCUGUGCUCUGAUGACACACCUAUGGUGAGGCGUGCGGCCGCCUCCAAGCUGGGAGAGUUCGCCAAAGUUCUGGAGCUGGAGUACGUCAAGAGCGACAUCAUCUCCCUCUUCACCGCGCUGGCCUCUGAUGAGCAGGACUCGGUGCGUCUGCUGGCCGUGGAGGCGUGCGUGAGCAUCGCCACGCUGCUGCCCCAGGAGGACCUGGAGGCGCUGGUCAUGCCCACCCUGCGCCAGGCUGCCGAGGACAAGUCCUGGAGGGUGCGCUACAUGGUGGCCGACAAGUUCUCUGAGUUGCAAACGGCAGUUGGGCCUGAGAUCACCAAGAAUGACCUGGUCCCCGCCUUCCAGAACCUUCUGAAGGACUGCGAGGCUGAGGUCCGUGCAGCUGCUGCCAAUAAGGUCAAAGAGUUCUGUGAGAAUUUGCCAGAGGAUGGCAGGGAGACCAUCAUCAUGACUCACCUCCUGCCCUGUGUGAAGGAGCUGGUGACUGACACGAACCAGCACGUGAAGUCUGCGCUAGCGUCCGUCAUCAUGGGCCUGUCCACCAUCCUGGGGAAAGACAACACCGUGGAGCACCUGCUGCCCCUCUUCCUGGCCCAGCUCAAGGACGAGUGCCCUGAGGUGCGUCUGAACAUCAUCUCCAACCUGGACUGUGUGAACGAGGUGAUUGGCAUCCGCCAGCUGUCCCAGUCCCUGCUGCCCGCCAUCGUGGAGCUGGCCGAGGACGCCAAGUGGAGGGUGCGGCUGGCCAUCAUCGAGUACAUGCCCCUCCUGGCAGGGCAACUGGGUGUGGAGUUCUUCGAUGAGAAGCUCAACUCCCUCUGCAUGGCCUGGCUCGUUGACCAUGUGUAUGCCAUCCGUGAGGCUGCCACCACAAACCUGAAGAAGCUGGUGGAGAAGUUUGGGCCGGAGUGGGCACAGAAUACCAUCGUGCCCAAAGUCCUGGGCAUGGCCCACGACCCCAACUACCUGCACCGCAUGACCACGCUGUUCUGCGUCAAUUCCCUGUCGGAGGUGUGUGGCCAGGACAUCACCACUAAGCACAUGCUCCCAGUGGUGCUCAAGAUGGCCGUGGACCAGGUGGCCAACGUGCGCUUCAAUGUGGCCAAGUGUCUGCAGAAGAUCGGACCCGUCCUGGACAGCAACUCCCUGCAGACGGAGGUGAAGCCAGUGCUGGAGAAACUGGCCACAGAUCAAGAUAUGGACGUCAAGUACUUCGCCCUGGAGGCCAUCAGCGUUCUGGUCCUGGCCUGAAGCAUUCCCCAGCAGUCAAGUGCGACGGAGCGACACCUGUUGCAUUCUAUUUAUUGAUCUUGUCAAUCUCUCUCUUGAUCUUUCCAUUCUUCUCAUUUUGUUUCCAUUUCUCCUGCUGUUCUCUGGGGCUGCCCAUCACUGCCAUUCCUCCCCCCCCUUCCUGUCGGUGAUGGAAGCGCCUGUCCAGCAGUUCCACCACCCCUCCCUGGCCUGCGGGGGGCGCUGUGACGUGGCUGUGUGGGGAGCUUCAAGAGUAGUCCUCCCCUCCUGACUGUUGAAGUGUGUGUGUGUGUGUGUGUGUGUGUGUGUGUGUUCAGUGCUCUCCAAAGGCAUUGGCCACCAGGCUCAUAGACUGUUUCCAUGCGCCUCCACUCUCCAAGCGCCUCCUCUCUCAAUGAGCCUCCUCUCUGUCUCUCCCCGCUCCUCCAGAGAGGUGCCAUGUGCUCAGAGAAGUGCUUCACACCGCCACACACACACACACACACACACACACACACACACCGCCACCCAGGAGCAGAGCGGAGCUCCCAUCACACUUUCAGCUUUCGCUUUCGCUUGCGGCCUUCUUUUCUUUCUUUCUUUCUUUCUCUUCAUCUUUGUUUUGCUCCCCCCAGUGAGGGGGCUGUCGGUAAGGGACCAUCUCUCAGAUGAGUGUUGUUCAUUGGCAUAGACCCCCCACCCCCGAUGCUCCUUGGUGUAGUGGUCAGUUGUACACUGGCCUUUUUGCUUUCACCUCAGCAACGUGCUGGAGACCCUUAGUGUUUCAGCUUCAAGCUUCAUCUUUGUCUGUGCCAAUGACAUUAGGAAGAACUUGUUUAAAAAGAAAUACUUUUUUUUUUUUUUUUUCAUUUUGUUCUGAAGCAAACAGUAUUUGUCCUGUGUUAGUAAUUCUUGUGCGCUAGCCACCUCCUGUGAAUAAAGAGUCAGGCAGUCUGAGUGGUCGGGGCACCAGAGGGAGGGGCAGAAGCCAGGGUUUUCUGGGAAGAACUCUUAAUGGUGGGGGUGUGUGUGUGUGUGGGGCGGGGGGGUGAUGUAAUUUCCUGAUUGGGGGAUAGAAUCACGUGUCUUUAGGGCCCUAGAUAUUCCCUCUGGUAGUGUGGUGUGUGGAUUCAUGGGGAUUCUAUUGUUUUUACCGUUACAGAUGACUACAGCCAACACCAUAUGUGGAAAACUGAAUAAAAAGUAAAAAAAAAAAAAGAGGUUUGUUUGUAUUGUGGUUUGUGUUUAUAAGACUGGUACAGAGGGUCAAAGGUGAAGUCAUAGGCGGAUCAUAAAGGCAGAUAGCUCUAUGAUAACAUUAAUGUAAAGCCAGUAGAAAUUGUUGUCGUGUGGAUGAUGUGAAGUUCAGGCCUAGGCUAACAUUCAGCGCUAGAUAUGGCUAACACUCAGCGCUAGGUUAACAGCCGCGCUAGAUGGCUAACACUCAGCGCUAGAUGGCUUU